GUUACCACAGCAACAGUAACAGCAAAGUCGGCCAUUUUGAAUAGAGAGCAGUGGAGAAAAAUCAUUUCCUACGAAAAUACCCUGGCAAAACAGUUGGAAACAGCUUUAAGAGAAAGAAAUAUUUUAAGAUUCGAGGAAAGGAUUCCCUUGAAAUGGAGGCAGACAAGAAAGUACAGGAGUCUAAGGAGAAGCCAGCGCUGGAAGAAAAUGCCUUCGAAGCUUUGGAACGUGAUUUCCAAGAGGUCCUUGGAGAACUCAUGGGAGACAAAAGCUUGGAGAAGUUCCGUGUCGAAUAUGAAAAACUUCACAGAGCACUAAAGAAAUCUCACGAGAGCGAGAAGCGACUUAUGCAGAAGUGUCGUGAGCUGAAUGCCGAAAUAGUUGCCAAUGCAGCAAAAGUUCAGACUGCUCUGAAGCUCUCCCAAGAAGAUCAGACAACCAUUGCCUCACUUAAGAAGGAGAUCGAAAAGGCAUGGAAGAUGGUGGAUGCCGCUCACGACAAGGAGCAAAGAGCCAGGGAGACCAUCCAGUCUCUGAAGCUUGAGAUAGCUAAUUUGAGUAAACUUGUCGAGCAAGGAGCAGGCUUAACAAUGGGGCAGGAUCACAGUGUGAAUGAAUUGCUUAAAAUCAAGGAUGAUCUAACCAAAGACAGAGAUGAGAAGCUUUCUGAGAUCACUAAGCUAAGAGAUGAACUGAGUAAUGCAACCUCUAGGCAGCAAAAGGCUGAACAGGACAGGGAGGAAGCAGAAAUGAAGAUCGCUGAGCUCAAAGAAGAUAUCCAAGUAAGAAGUAAUGAGGCUCAACGAGAGGCACGCAAGAAGGAUAAGUUGGAAAAAGAACUGAAAACAUCCAAGAAUGACUUGGAGUCCAAGACGGCGGAGCUGAAGACCAAACAGAGCCAGUUGCAGCGUAACCAGGAAGAUAUUGCAAAACUAGAACAACAGCUCAAAGAACAGAGGACUCUAAAUGAAAAAGCAAUGAAGGACACAGAUCUCCUAAAUGCAAGAUUAACCAAAGUACAACAAGACUUUGAACAGCAGCUGAUGAACUGUGACCAGCUAGCAUCAGAGAACACACAGAAAGCCGCUGAGCUAAAGGCCAAAGAAGAUGAGAUCAACACCCUGAAGCAGGACACCGUUAGGCUGACCAAAAUGCGAGAAGCCAUCCAACGGCGAUUGAGGGCUGUUGAAGAUCAAAAGCUUGAGGUUGAACAACAAAAAGAGACAUUGAAAGGACAAAUUGCUGGCCUUGAGAAAGAGCUUGAUGCUAGCAAGAAGCAAGCAGAGCAAGACAAAAAGGCAAUUGAUGACCUUGUCCGGGAAAGAGACAUCUUGAAUAAGAAUCUUCUAAAAGCUGCAGGUGCAACACAAAAACAGCUUGGUCUUGUGCGACUUCAUGAACAAACGAAAAAGAACUUGGAACAAGAAAUUCAGAACUAUAAAGAUGAGGCCCAGAAGCAGCGCAAGAUUAUCUACCAGCUUGAGAAAGAGCGUGACAGAUACAUUAAUGAGGCCAGUGAGCUGACACAGAAGGUCUUACAGCACAUGGAAGAUGUCAAGGUCCGAGAGAUGCAGAUCUUUGACUACAAAAAGAAGAUUGCAGAGGCUGAGACCAAGCUGAAGCAGCAACAGAAUCUGUACGAAGCUGUCCGCAGUGACCGUAAUCUGUACAGCAAGAACCUGAUUGAGUCCCAAGAUGAGAUAACAGAGAUGAAGCGCAAGUUGAAGAUCAUGAAUCACCAGAUAGACCAACUCAAGGAAGAGAUCACUGCCAAAGAGGCAACCCUUGUCAAAGAGCACUUAGAGCACCAGAGAGUGGAGAAAGAAAAGGAUGCACUCAAGGCUGAGCUUCAGAGAAUGAAACAACAGGCAGCAGAGUCUAAGGCUUACAUCGAGCAGCAGGAAGCAGAGGAGAGGAAGCUCCUGAAAAUCAUCUCCGAGGCUGACGCAGAGAGGAUGAGGCAGAAGAAAGAGCUGGACCAGGUGAUCGGGGAAAGAGACAUCUUGGGAACACAACUGGUGCGGCGAAACGACGAGUUGGCGCUGCUCUACGAGAAGAUCAAGAUACAGCAGUCAACCUUGAACAAAGGUGAAAUCCAGUACAGACAGCGACUUGAGGACAUCCGUCUACUCAAACUCGAGAUUAAGAAGCUACGCCGAGAGAAAAACAUCUUAACAAAGAACGUGGCCAACGUGGAAGACCUGCGGCGUGAAGUGUACCACCACCAGCGAGAACUUCUACGAGAGAGAACGCGAUGUAAAGCGCUGGAAGAGGAGUUAGAGAACCCCAUGAAUAUCCAUCGAUGGAGGAAACUUGAGGGAAGCGACCCAAGCACUUACGAAAUGAUCCAGAAAAUCCAAACCUUACAGAGAAGGUUAAUCCAGAAAACCGAAGAGGUCGUCGAAAAAGAACUGCUAAUACAAGAAAAGGAGAAACUUUACAUGGAGCUGAAGCAAAUCCUCGCUCGGCAACCGGGUCCCGAGGUUGCAGAACAACUCAGUAUUUAUCAGCAGACGUUAAAAGAGAAGACGAAACAGAUGAAGGGCAUGGCGUCCGAGUUGAACAUGUACGAGGCGCAGGUCAAGGAGUACAAGUACGAAGUCGAGCGACUCGCUAAAGAGCUGCAGGACGCCAAGAAGAAAUACUACAUGCAAAAGAGAAAAGAACAACAGUCAAAGGAACGUGAGCGUGCUAUCCAACAAGCCACCGGACCCGCCUUCGUACCACAAAGGACAGACGGGCCUCGAUUCACUGGCGGCGGCUUCAACCUCCGACAAUCCCCCAAAGCAACCGCGUAGAGACUUACAAAUAGAUUAAUUUUUUACAAGUGUACAUAGAAUGACCUAACUUCUUUCUCUCGCACAAUAUGCGUCUUAGCUUAAGUAUAUUGGGGUUCCUUUUUACUAUUGUGUCUACAAAAAUGAAUACAGAUGUAUAAAUAAAAGUCGUGUAAAAUUUAAGGAAUACCUUUGUGUAUAAAUGUAUGAAAUAAAAAGUGUCCCAGGAUAUCAUCAA